AUGAAACAUUGUCUUGUGUUUUUGUCUCUCCUGGGAAUGUUUCUCCAUGCUUUGGCUCAAUGCAAUGUCACAGCCUCAGAGUUUAAUCUGGAUGGAGAUCAUUUGAUUGGUGGACUUUUUGAGAUUCAUCCUGUCGAUGAUCCUGUUCCUCAUGACAGACCAGAAACAAUCGAGUGCUCAAGUAACCCCAUCCUUCUUCCAAAUUAUCGGAGGUUUCAGUUGAUGAGAUUCUCUGUGGAGGAAAUCAAUAACUCAACAAACCUACUGCCAAAUGUGUCUCUUGGUUAUGAGAUGUUUGAUCACUGCUCAGUUACACAGAAUUAUCCAGGAGUUUUCAACCUCAUUUCAGUUAAUGGCUUGAUCCGACCAUGGGCUGAGCCACAAAAGCAUCAAACAAAUAAUACUGAUGUGUCCAAAGUAAUAGCAUCGGUCGGUCCUUUAACCAGCACUCAGGCCCUGACUAUUGCCCCACUAUUCAUGACGGAUCUCAUUCCCAUGGUCAAUUACGGAUCUACAAUCUCUGUCUUUUCAAAAAAAGAGAUAUUCCCCUCUUUCCUGCGAACAGUGCAUCCCAAUACAAAUGUCAUAGAAGGGAUUGUUAAUAUUGUGCUGCACUUCAACUGGCACUGGGUUGCUUUCCUUCAUAGUGACAAUGAUUAUGGCUAUGAUGGACGGGAAUUGUUCUUAAAAAGGAUCAAGGAUACUACAAUCUGUCUGGCGUAUGCCAAAAGUCUGGAGGACAGUACAAGUUAUUCCCAAAUGUUCAAACAGAUAGAGUUACAGGGGAUACAUGCUGUUAUUGUUUUUGCUCCAAAAAUGACUGCUGAAACUCUCAUUAUGUCAGCAAUACAACUGAAUAUCACACAAAAAGUGUGGAUAGCAGGAGAUGCAUGGUCCUUAAACAAGAGGCUCCCAAAAGAAAAAGGCAUCAAAAAUAUUGGAACUGUACUUGGAGUGUCUCAACCAGUAGUAAAAAUACCAGGUUUCAGUGAUUUUGUGUUUUCUACUAAAAGCAAGACAUAUUCUGAAAACAAACAAAAACAUAGAUUUUGUAAUCAGGUUUGCAACUGCAGUGACCUCAGUGCAGAAGAAAUCCUUUCUGUGGACCCGACUUACUCUUUUCCGGUGUAUUCUGCUGUGUAUGCCAUCGCUCAUGCCUUGCAUAAUGCCUUGCAGUGUGACUCUAACAGAUGUAAUGGCAAUAUUACAGUGUUUCCACACAUGGUCCUUGCCGAGCUGAAGAAGUCAAACUUUACACUCUUAAACCAAAGUAUUACGUUUGAUGAGUAUGGUGACCCAACAUAUGGAUCUUACUCCAUAGUUUUCUGGAACCACAAUGGUGAUGCAGAGGAGAUUGGUUUUUAUCAUUUUCACCCAUCGGUGGAUUUCUUCAUCAACAACAGCAAAAUUAAGUGGUAUACAAAUGGAGAAGUACCUACUUCAUUGUGUUCCCAAGAAUGUUCCGAAGGAUUUGUGAAAGAGCAGAAUGGAAUCCACAAAUGCUGCUUCAUUUGUGAAAUCUGUCCAAAUGGAACUUAUAUCAACGGCACAGAGAAUCCUUACAAGUGCAUCAACUGUAAAGACACAGAAUGGUCUACAGAAGGAAGUACAUCAUGCAAUCUGCGGUCAGUGGAGUACAUUCCAUUCACAGACAUCGGUGCUAUACUGAUCAUAGCCGGAUCCUGGGCCUUGGUGGUUCUUUCAGUUGUCAUGUCUGUUCUCUUUGCCAUCAACUACAACACCCCUGUAGUCAGAUCUGCUGGUGGACCAAUGUGCUUCCUCAUUUUAGGCUGCCUCAGUCUGUGUAGUCUAAGUGUGUUCUUUUACUUUGGUACGCCAACAACUUCCUCUUGUAUUUUAAGGUCGUUGCCAUUUAUUUUGUUUUACACGGUUUGUUUGGCAUGUUUCGUUGUGCGCUCCUUUCAAAUUGUUUGCAUUUUCAAAAUGGCCGCCAAGUUCCCAAAGCUCUACAAUUGGUGGAUGAAGUAUCAAGGACAAUGGCUGAUUAUCACAGUGGCUUUUGUUACGCAGGCAUUCUUACUUCUCAUAUGCUAUGCCUCUGCCCCCCCAAAGCCCUAUAAUGAAACAGUUUGGUCCCCAGAAGAAAUUAUACUUAGUUGUUACACUAAAUACGAAGCAUUCUCUGGUUCUGCAAUUUUACUUGUAUUUUUGUGCUUUCUUUGCUUCAUUUUCUCCUACAUGGGAAAAAACCUCCCAAAAAACUACAAUGAGGCCAAAGCGAUAACCUUCUGUCUGCUCCUGUUAAUCCUCACCUGGAUUAUUUUUGCUACUGUACAAGUGCUUUACAAAGGAAAGUACAUCCAAACUCUUAACGCCCUGGCAGUACUCUCUAGUAUCUAUUCCUUUCUGUUGUGGUAUUUCUUCCCUAAAUGUUACAUCAUGAUGUUUCAACCACACAAAAACACGCAGCAGUACUUCCAAGGUCUCAUUCAGAAUUACACCAAAACAAUUAGCCAGUAG